CCCCUCCCCCGCGUCCCAAACUGCGCACAAUAGCGCGCCGGCUCCUCUAUCUAUUUUGUGUCCAGCCGGAGCGGCGCGCGAUGAUUCAUUGCCCCAAUUAGGGGCUCUCUCCAGCGCGCCGGGCUCGGGCCGUCUGAAGGGUCUCCUGGGGGACCGCCGAGCGCAUCAGCGCCGGAGCUGGUCUUUAAGUAAAGGUCAAGCGGGACGCGGGAAGAGCCAGGUAAGGACGCGGCGGUGUGGCUGGGGACAGAGCCCCCCCCCAGGAAGGGCAGCGCGGGGGCAGGGCCGCUGCGGAGGAGGCACCCUGCGGCUUUCACUGCGGGGGGCCCGCCCCCGCCUCGGUCUAAAGGGGGGACCAAGUGAGAGCCGUUUACAGUCCCGCGCAGCCCAGGGUUGGGGGCGCCCUUCCUGGGACAGCGUUCUGAUUUUGGAGACAGAGGGAAGAGGGGCUGUCUCCUGUCUCCUGGAACAGGUCAGUGGGGACAGAGGCCGGGGCCUGCCCUGUCCCUGGCACCGCUGGCCAUCGGCCGCUGCUCACAAGCAGAAGGAAGUAGCGAGAAUCCUGUGUAUCCCCGGGCAAGUGACUCAACCUCUCUGAGCCCUGUCACUCUUUUGUUAAAUAGGAGCUGCAACUGUUUCCCUGUACUGUGUAUGGAUACAUUGUAUUUAUUUAACAGACUUGCAGGGUGCCAGGCACCGUUCUGAGCACUUUAUAUAUUUCAGAUCAAUUACGCCUCCUGGUAACUCUCUGGGCCGCCAGGAUCAGCCCCGUUUUACAGACAGCAGGGAGGUGGUGCUCAGCCUUAAGUUACUUAUUUGAAGUGGCCAAGUGGGGUUCAGACCCAGGUAGUGGGGUGCCAGGGCCCUGCUCUUGACUAGCGGGAUGUGCAGCCUCAUUAGGCAGACGUCUGGUCCGCGUCACCACCCGUCUGCUCAUGGAGACUGGUGUCCCCCCCCCAAAGCAGGGAACAAGGCCUGGACCCCUGGACCCCCACCCCUGGCACUGCACAAUCCAGGCAUCUCUGAACCUCGAAUUUCCCAGUCUGUGAAAUGACACCCCUUCCAGCUUCAAAACUCCGCGAGUCUCUGAUUUCUGAGCAGUUUACAGCCGUCCUGACCUGCCAGCAGGGCCCAGAGUCGGCCCAGGGACAAAGGUGCCCGGUGGUCACCUCCACCCUCCGGGGUGCUGACAUGUAAAUAAAACUGGGCUUCCUCUUAUCACCGAGCAAGGCCAUGCAUUAUAAAUAGAUGGAAGGAGAGCAAAGGGCCGGCUCUCAGGAACCCCGGUGACAUUCCAGGGCUCGCGGGCCAAGGGUUAAUAGGAAAAUCAUCCUGGGCAGCCAGAGACGCUGGGCCCUCACCAGGCCCUGGGAAACUGCCGUGUCAGCAGAGCUGUCCCAGAGGAAUGCUGGGGGCAGGGCAGGCGGCUUCUUGGCUCCUGGCAUUUUUAAUACCUGGGGAGAGGGCUGACUGGGAAACUUUAAAGGCCACAUCUGCUAACUGUGUGUUUGCACAGUCAGGGAAGGUCGGCCAGUCCCGCAGGCCAAGGGGCUGCUGGGGAAACAGCCCCGGGCUCAGCGCCUCCCGGCUGCUGUCAGGUGUGGGCCCCUGGGGCGGGGCACACACGCCUCUGGGCCUCGUCCUCAGGGUCUUGGCCACAGCGUCACCCUGAGCGGCCUCCCCGCUUCCCUCCAUCCUGGCUCCUGGGCACGGGAGCUGGUGUGGCUGUCGUUUAUUUUCCUGUCUACGGUCCCUGCCCGGCCUACCCUCCCCUCCCCACCAGUGUACCCCCCACACACACACCCCUAACGGCCCGUCUCGCUGUGCGUCCAGGGCCCGGCUCAGUGCCCCAGUCCUAGUCCCAUUCCGCCCCUUGCCAGCCGUGUGAGCCUGGGGCAGCCCUCUUAGCCAGCUGAGCCUCAGUUUGCCGCUCUGUGCAGUGGGGCUGCGAUGCCUGCCCCGCGGGAUGUCUGCGCGUGGACCGCGUGAGGCAGAGAGAGGCUGCCCGGGAAUGGGGCCUCCCUCCCGCCCCUGGCAGAGGAGGUUGCCCCAGCGUGAGGGGCCGCCGUGGGGAGGUCACGCACACAGUCUGAGGGCACGGCCGCAGGGCUGGCAGGACGAACAGAGGGAGGCGGGUUUUCUUGACUAAGCUGGAACCCUCCUGGGAGGGGGCUUCCCGAGCGUGUGCUGUGUGUGCAGGGGUAAGCGUGCGCGUGCGUGCGCGCAUUUGCUAGUGUGUGUACAUGUGUGUACAGGCAUGCAUGUUGUGCAUACAUGUGUUCGUGCAUGCAUUCGUGUCUGCAGGCACGUGUGAUCACGUGUGUGAAUGUGUUCAUCUGUGCGUGUGCCCGCGUGUGCGUGUAAAGUGGGCCAGGAGUCGGGGGUGGCGGGUGCCCGGCUGGAUGUCUUUGUUUCCCUCCGUGACCCGGUGACCCAGCAGCGUCCCCUGGAGCACGUCUUGGGAGCCGGAAGCAGGUGAACACGGAUCAGAGGAGGAGGGAGCAGUUACUACCUGCGUGGCCUUGGCCUGCUCCUGACUUCUCUGAGCCUCAGUUUCCCCAUCUGUAAAGCAGAGAUGACAAAAUGACAAAACGCAGGGAGGGCGGAGCGCGAUGACCGCAGCAAAGCACAGCCCUGCCCCAGCCGUGACCGCAGCGCAAACCCGUGUAACGGGCCCACGAGGUGGGUUCCGUCACAGCCCGGCUCACGGUGAGGAGACCGAGUCACAGAGAAGGGAAGUCACUGGCCCAAGGUCACGCUGGGCCGGCCCUGGGGCAGUGGGGCUCUGUGACCCCCUGGGCCUUUCCCCAAAUCCUGAGACACAGCUUGUUAGGACAGUGACGGCCUCGUCCCGCCUCUCGUCACACGUGUCCCUAAGGAAACCGAGGUUCCUGUCUGGACACACAACGGCCGAGUCGGUGCCAGCAGGAGAGGAGAAAUGCGGGGGCGUGUCUGCAUUAACGCCGCGCCAACGCAGACUCGACGGCCCUUUUUCUAACGGAAAUGUGCAAAAGGCUCAAGCUGGCCGGAGCCGUCCACACACCCCCCCAGGCACUGCCAGAGCCGCCACCUCCCGUCCCGGCAGAGCCGUCUCCAGGCACCCCCGAGCCCUCCAGGCCUCACUGCAGCCGGAGAGAGGGUGCCGGGCCCUCCAGACCGGCGCCGCGGGGCCGGGCGCCCCGUCCUCCAUCCUGGGCCUUGCAAACACCAAAGUCGCCCGCAGACGGCCGGGUGCUGGGAGCAGGGAAGAUGCCACCCGGGCUCUGCAGGGGACCAGGCGCCGUCAGCACCGAGCACCUGGGUGCGGCCCAGGUGUGCAGCUACCUGUAGGUCGUCUCAGCAGCAGCCACAGGCGUGUGCGUGUGUGGCCAGCUGCCUCCCCGCCGAGCAGUGCCGCCCGCCGGCCUCUCCCGGGGCAGAGCUGCAGCCGGCGUGCCUUGCCCUGCCCCUUGGCUUCUGGAGGCUGGGGACGUGGGCGAGGACCCCCGAGCUUGAACGAGGGAUGCCAGGCUCCAUCCAAAACCCCACUGCGCCCUGCCAGUUCCGGAACCGCCUGUGACCCGGCCGGCUCCCGCCCGCCAGCUCCCCUGCUCCCGGCCUGUAACCCCACGUCCCUACUCGCCGCGGCCUCUGCCUUCUCCUCGGCACCCCUCCACGCUGCGCCUGUGCCUCCCUGUCCCUCCGAGGACCCUCCACCUUGGCAGGCAGCCCCUCCGUCCUCUUGGAGAGGCGGCACGCGCUGUGUGUUCGGCCUCUGGCUCUCUGGGGAACAGGAAAACAAAGUCUAUCUCUGUCUGCCCUAUUUUUUCUAUUUUUUUUUUCUUUUUGCCUAAGAACGAAGCAAGCUCCUCUCUGCUAUCCUCAGAAAGAGCUUCGAACCCUGCAGCCCUGGCGAAGAUGUAUCUUCCUUCCCAGAGGGAGAGAGUGUAACUGUUAACAAUAAAAAACAAAAAAUACCCUGGGAUUUGUAGAGGCCUUGGGCUUGUGAGCCAUCGCACAUCUGUUAGCUCGUGUGACAGCCGUACGUGGAGGCAUGACAGGGAGUAUCACAUCCACUUUAGAGCUGGGGAAACUGAGGCUCCACCACGCAGGGCCUUGCUCAAGGGCAUGGUUCCUGGAGCCAGGAGAAGCUGUCUGCCUGGGGGUGCGGGUCGAGGGGCCGGUGGAAUUUUGGUGCGUUCUUUAUACACUGAUCACUCUAACUUGUCAAACAGAAACGUUCCACAUACACGGCGCAGUUUGGGGACCCUGUCUGAGCAUCCUGCUGCCUUUUAAACUCAGGAGCUUCCUAGAGGGAAGGUAGGGCCGGCGCUCACUAUUUCAGGGGCCUAAGACGGCCUGGGCAGAAACAUUAUAUAUACCUCAACAGGCCUCAUUAAAAAAAUCAUGGCUUGGCCAAGCCCAGUGGCUCACGCCUGUAAU